UGAGAAACUGCAACUGGCUAAAAGCCAACAAGUUGCAUCAACCAUGGACAUCAUGCUUGAAAACAAAUUAUAAUGUUACAAAACCAUAUUAAUAGAUUACUUUUUAUAAAUAAGGUUUUGUUGCACUUAACUGCAGAAAAUGCUGUUUUGGAAGUAAUUUUCUUAGUAGAUGACGACAAAGGUCAGCAUGUGGGAGAAGUCUGAGCUCAGGGAUGAUAAACGUGUUUUCCUCUAGUAAUUACCAGUUGGAGGGGAUCAAGAUUAGGUUUUUUCCCAGUCGUACAUGGCAAAUACAACCUUUCCACUAUGUUAUGAACGUAGCAUUAGGCUACAACUUCUGUCAUCGCACUGUUCAAUGAUUCUGCUUUUUCGGUCGGUGAGGAAAUAUUAGGGUGAAAGGUUAGGCAACGUUAUAACUCCAAUGCCAGUAACAAAGCCCACAGUUCCCUUCCGGACACUGCGACAGAUCGGUUACUAUACCCAAUCCUGAGAUCCACCGACAAGCCAACUUUCUCCAGCAGACUUGUACGAGCCUGAACUGAAACAGCAGACGCGCAAGCACGGACCAAACGCCAGUCUCUACAGAUCUAGUAUUUUAGACCAGAGGAGCAGAGCACCAUGGUUGUGUCCAAGGCCUGGACGUUACGCCAGCACUUCCAGGGUUUCCCCAAGGCUAGUGACUUCCAUCUGAGUGAGGAGACGCUGCCGCAGCCCAAGAAUGGGCAGGUGCUGUUGGAGGCUGUGUUCCUCAGUGUGGACCCUUACAUGAGACCCUACAGCCAGACAAUGAUGAAGGAGGGAGACGUUAUGAUUGGAUCACAAGUUGCCAAGGUGAUCCAGAGCUAUAACCCCAGCUUCCCGGUGGGCUGCCAUGUGGUCAGUGAUUGUGGAUGGAGGAGUCACUGGGUGUGUGAUGGGGCAGAGCUGACCCCUGUGCUUCCCGACUGGCCCCAGGACAUCCCCCUCUCCCUGGCCCUGGGGGCCAUCGGCAUGCCUGGUCUGACAGCUCUGUAUGGACUAGAGGAGGUGUGUGAGAUAAAGAAGGGGGAGACUCUUCUGGUGAACGCUGCAGCAGGAGCCGUGGGGUCAGUGGUGGGACAGAUCGCCAAGAUCAAGGGCUGCAGAGUGGUGGGCUGUGCGGGGACAGAUACCAAGGUGUCCUAUCUAAAGGAGCUGGGUUUUGACCAGGUCUUCAACUACAAGACUGCCACCUCUCUGGAGGAAUCACUCAGGGAGGCCGCGCCACACGGAUACGACUGCUACUUUGAGAACGUUGGGGGGAAGUUCUCCAGUGUAGUGAUGCCUCAGAUGAGAGAGUAUGGCAGAAUAGCUGUGUGUGGAAGCAUCUCCAUGUACAACGACACCACACCACAGACAGGUAUACUGUCCACACUACAGACAGGUAUACUGUCCACACUACAGACAGGUAUACUGUCCACACCACAGACAGGUCUACUGUCCACACCACAGACAGGUAUACUGUCCACACCACAGACAGGUCUACUGUCCACACCACAGACAGGUCUACUGUCCACACCACAGACAGGUGUACUGUCCACACCACAGACAGGGCCGUAUGUACACACCCAUAUGAUCUUCAAGCAGCUGAGGAUGGAGGGCUUCCUGUGUGCUCGCUGGAAAAACAAACACCAGCAGUCACUGAGGAGGCUGAUGGCCUGGAUGACUGAGGGCAAGCUGAGAUGCAAUGAACACAUCACCAUUGGUUUCAACAACAUGCCUGCUGCCUUCAUGGGCAUGCUACAGGGAGACAACACUGGCAAGGCUGUGGUCAAGGUGUGAUGACGUCACAAUCAACAUUACACUCCUCCAGAACAUCUGGCUAAAGCAUUCCAGAACACUCAACUUCAUACACUCCAGGUUCUAGAACCAGAAUCUGCUUCACCUUAACAUUCCAGAAUACUUCCCGAAUACCACACUCUAGUGUUCUGUUCCAUGUUUAUUCAUAGAAACGUUCAACAGACAGCUAGACAGGUUUGGUCCAGUGUAAUUCAACAGACAGCCAGACAGGUUUGGUCCAGUGUAAUUCAACAGACAGCCAGACAGGUUUGGUCCAGUGUAAUUCAACAGACAGACAGACAGGUUUGGUCCAGUGUAAUUCAACAGACAGCCAGACAGGUUUGGUCCAGUGUAAUUCAACAGACAGCCAGACAGGUUUGGUCCAGUGUAAUUCAACAGACAGCCAGACAGGUUUGGUCCAGUGUAAUUCAACAGACAGCCAGACAGGUUUGGUCCAGUGUAAUUCAACAGACAGCCAGACAGGUUUGGUCCAGUGUAAUUCAACAGACAGCCAGACAGACAGGUUUGGUCCAGUGUAAUGCUAUUAACUAAAUAAACAUGUCUUCACAAUAUAAUGUUUAUAAAUAAUA